GCGGGGAGAAGCUGGUCUUUCGCGGUUCUCGCGCCGGUGCGAUCCGGGAAGGGAAAGCGCUCGCGCAACGGGACUCUGCUUUGAAAAGUUAACCGAACAACUUGUGAGGUUAAAGCGGCAUUAGAGGCGCGCGGGGUUGUCAUGGAGAAAGAUGGCGAGCUUGAGAGAAAAGCUGUGGAAGAACUUCUUACAGAAGCAAAGCGUGGAAAAGCCAGGGCUGAAACUAUGGGACCUAUGGGCUGGAUGAAGUGUCCUCUGCCAGGAGCCAACAAACGGUUUCUCAUCAAUACUCUUAAGAAUACCAUACCAUCUCAAAGGCAAACGUAUGACCAUAGACAAAGGGAAGAGGUUAAGGAUUCAGAUCUAAAAGAGAAGGAGCAAAGGAAAAAGGAAAAGAUACACAAAGACAGCUUCCAACCCUAUAAACAAGGAUCAAAAAGUAGGAUGAAAGCUAACAGGUCUCCUUCUCCACGGGAAAAUGACUCAGAGAGAAGUACUAAAAAGUACAAGAGCACAAAAGAUUACUGAAAAUCUUUUUGCAUCAACAGGGCACCUAAGAUGAUUAGACUAGUAAAACAAGCUCAAGUUAGAACAGAAAAUAAGUUCUUGCUUUAAAGAAUUUCAGGCAUUGACCUAAAACAGGAACAACUGACAAAUAUCUUCUUCAUGGGCAGUUUUCUAGCACACCAGCCAGAUUAAUCAGAUAACAUUUCAUGCAAACAUUACACUUGUUCUACAUAAUUGUGUCCAUAAUAUACAUUGUCACAUGAAGAACUGUUAAGUGAAUGCAGUAUUUGCAAGUACAAAGCAAAGUGUUCAGUUGAUCUUAUGUUAUCAAUAGUGGGAAAUAGAAGCAGGAAAUGUAAAAAUGAAUGCAGGGGUAUUCUGUAUAUAAAAAAUUCUUAACAUUCUACAAAAAUGGUGCAGUGGUUAUUUAAAAUACAGAUAAUUAUUUUUGUGGUAACAUUAUGGAGUUUGUGUAUAUACUUUGCAAUUUUUUUUGUUGUUUUAAGUGACUUUAAAUAGAAGAAACUUUCUUAAUGUUCAUCUUGACCAGGUUUUGUGAUUAUAUGCUUACCAGCCCACAAUUUGCAUCCCACUCAUCUUAAUGGACAGGAAAAUUGUGAGCUGGUUAGUACAGAAGUGGAAAAUCCUAGCCAUUGACUACUUUUCAAUUACUGAUAAUGGUUUAUACUUUGCUACAAAACUCUGUAUGAACAUAACUUUUGCCAGAUUGGUAAGGUUCAGCGUAUAGGUUCUGUUUACAUUAAAACUUCAUUACAUAUUUACCAAUAAAUCAUUAUUUCAUUA